UUAAGAGUUUAUACUCAUAUUACUUAUUCUAAGAAAUCAUGAAUAGAAUGAUCAUUAGUGUAUUCUGUAUAUGUAUUUGUUCAAUUAUAACAAAUGCUAAUACAGUUCCAACACACACGACCACCGUUGAGGUUAAUAGUCUUUCCUUCAAAGAAAAAAUUGUCAACUUAUACAAAAAUUGGAUGAAUGAAAAAGAUUAUAAUCCACCGAAAGAGAGUGAAUUCUAUGAAAGAUUUUGGGAAUUAUUUAAACAUUGUUUUUUAAAUUCAGAACAAUUAAAGAAAAUUCUGCCAUUUUGAAUUCGGAUCAAAUUUGAGUUCAUUAUGAAUGAGACUAUUUAAACG